AUGCUCGCGGCUGUGACCGCGGCUGUGGCACGGCUCACCGACGCCGCGUGCCGGCAGGGCGACGAGGGCGAGAAGGCGACGGCUGGUCCGGCGCCCGGGAACAACAUCGUCUUCCCGCCGCGCUCUGCUCCGCACCGCCCGUGUGUCGCUGUUGCUGUUGUUGCUGUUCCCGGCUCAGAGGAUCCAGAGUCGGGCGCUCCGGUCCUCGCCACCACCCUCACCCUCCCGCUCGGCCUGCGCUCGCCGGCGGCGGCGGCAUUGACGCUGCGGUCGGCAGGUGCGGUCGGUGGCGAGGUCCUGGGCGGCCUCCCGCUCGGCACGCUCUUUGGCCUCCCUUCUCUCGAGCUGGAUCCCAAGAUCGAGGGUGUCGAGGCCACGGCCGAGGCGCCUGAACUCGGCUCGCUGGUGGCUGGUAACGCGGCGCUCGUCCGCCAGCUCGGCCUCCUCGCCGAGCACCCGUUCUACCUGGAGAUUGCCCCGAUGGCGUUUGAUGAGUCUGCGCCCAACUCUGCGGCGUGUUUGGCACUCACGCUGGCCUCGACCGAGGCCGGCGUCGUCCAGGUCGCGUACCGGGUGGCGUCGAUGCUCGCCGAGGCGCUCAUGGCGUCUGCUGAGUUUGGCGACCUGAGUGCGCUGUACACCCCGCCGCGGCCGCCGUCGUUCCUCGACAAGGCGACGCUUGAGGAAGCCGAGGUUGAGGGCAAGCGGGUUGUUGUCCGUGUCGACUUUAACGUCCCACUCGCGGCCGAUGGCACGAUCUCGUCGAACCAGCGGAUUGUGGCGGCGAUGCCGACGGUGCAGACACUGCUUGCACGCGGUGCGCGGUCCGUUGUUCUCAUGUCGCAUCUGGGCCGGCCGGGUGGGGCGGUCAAGCCCGAGCUCUCGCUCGCGGUGGUGGCUGCCGAGGUCGAGCGGCUACUGGAGCGGCCGGUCACGUUUGUGGCGCCUGCGGUGGGGCCCGAGGCCGAAGCUGCCACCGCCGAGCCUGCGCCGGGCUCAGUCUUUCUACUCGAGAACCUGCGGUUCCACGCCGAGGAGGAGGGCAAGGGUGUCGACGGCGAAGGCAACAAAUUCAAGCCUGCGGCCGAAGCUGUCGACACGUUCCGGGCCUCGCUCGCGGCGCACGGCGAGGUGUUUGUCAACGACGCGUUUGGCACAGCACACCGCGCACACUCAUCGAUGGUCGGCAUGCCGCACCCGGUCCGAAUUGCUGGCGCGCUCCUCUCCAAGGAGCUCCGCUACUUUGCCGCCGCCCUGGAGGAGCCUGCGCGGCCGUUUGUGCAGGACAAGAUCCAGCUCAUCGAGAACCUCAUCGACAAGGUCGAUGCGAUGAUCAUUGGCGGCGGCAUGGCCUUUACCUUCCUUGCGGUUGCCCACAAUGUCGCCAUUGGCGCCUCGCUCUUUGACGACGACGGUGCAGCCAUUGUGCCAAAGCUGAUGGCCAAGGCAAAGGCGCGCGGGGUGACCAUCCACCUUCCGACCGACUUUGUGUGCGCCGACGCAUUUGCUGCCGACGCCAAAACGGCGGUUCACGACACGACCUCGGGCGUGCCCGAGGGCUGGAUGGGCCUCGACAUCGGGCCGGCGUCGUCGGAGGCCUUUGCCGCCGUCAUCGCCUCGGCUGCCACGGUGGUUUGGAACGGGCCGAUGGGCGUGUUUGAGAUGGAGCCGUUUGCUGCCGGAACCCAGACGCUCUGCGCUGCCGCCGCCGCCGCCACCGCCGACUCUGGCGCCACUACCAUCAUCGGCGGCGGCGAUACCGCGACGGCGGCGUCAGUCUUUGGCGUCGACGACAAGGUCUCGCACGUCUCGACUGGUGGCGGCGCCUCACUCGAGCUCCUUGAGGGCAAGGUGCUCCCGGGCGUUGCCGCUCUUACCAACAUCGCGGACCUUCUGCAGUGA